GUCAGCUGCAAUGGCGUUUAUUAUUCAUUUCCACGUGCAGUAGCACAAUAUCGAGAAAAUAACCUCAUUAUUUUAAUUACUUAUCACUAUUCAAAUUUUAUUAAUUGACAAUGCCACCAAAGUGUUCGGCAAAGUGUUCCAACAACGCAAUUUUGAAAAGACCAAAAACUGGAGAUGCACUUUGUAAAGAAUGUUUUUUUCUUGCCUUCGAGACAGAAAUUCAUCACACGAUUAUAAAUGGCAAGUUAUUUAAACCCGGUUACAAAGUUGCGAUAGGAGCAUCAGGUGGUAAAGACUCCACUGUGCUGGCUUACGUUCUUAAAGUUUUAAAUGACAGAUAUAAAUACGGCCUUGAUUUAUUCCUCUUGUCAAUUGACGAAGGAAUAACUGGUUACCGGGAUGACAGUCUAAAGACAGUGCAGCAGAACCGAGACGAUUAUCAAAUGCCUUUGAAAAUUUUGUCUUACAAAGACUUGUACGGCUGGACAAUGGACAAAAUUGUCGAGCAAAUAGGCCGCAAAAAUAAUUGUACAUUUUGCGGAGUAUUCAGACGUCAAGCUUUGGACCGCGGCGCAGCUCUCCUGGGUGUUGACUGCAUCGCAACUGGACACAAUGCUGAUGAUAUCGCGGAAACUGUUCUGAUGAAUAUUUUACGCGGUGACAUCGCUAGACUCCAACGAUGUACGUCAAUAAUUACUUCAGGUCAGGACACAAUAAUGCGCUGCAAGCCAUUGAAAUAUACUUAUGAAAAAGAAAUAGUUAUGUACGCAUACUACAAAAAACUCGUUUACUUUUCAACUGAAUGUAUAUUUGCUCCAAACGCUUAUCGUGGCCACACUAGGACGUUUUUAAAAAACUUAGAGAAAGUGAGGCCGUCAUCAAUUAUUGACAUUAUUCACUCUGGGGAGACAUUGCAGAUCAAAGAGACUGUAAAAAUGCCAGAACGUAGGAAUUGCAGUCGCUGUGGGUUCGUUUCAAGUCAGGAAAUAUGUAAAGCCUGCAUUCUGCUUGAAGGACUGAAUCGAGGUCUGCCUAAACUAGGCAUUGGUAAAUCUCAGCGUGCAAUGCAGCUGCUGAGCAAGGAAAAAAUAGAGGAAAAAUCAGUAGAGUUUUAAUGAAUAGUCCAAUUCUGGUAAUUAAAUUUAAUAAAUUAAUUAAAUUUUAUAUCAUCAAUUUAAAUAUAUAUUUUGUAUAUAAUA